AUGUGUCCUGACUGUGCCCUCUGGUUAUAUCCAACUCCCGAGUGCUGGCCGGGGGGACACCGCAUCCUCCGCGACCCCCGCAGGAGCACCAGCUUCGACUCCCUGGAGCUGCAGAGGGCGGCCAGCCAGGAGCUGGUGUGUGACCACUCCUUGCCACCAGCAUGGUACCGCCUCAUGCUCGGCCAGCGGCCCGUGGAAAUGCCCACCAGAUGUGUCGAGAUGAACAAAUGUGGGACCCAAGCCCCGGUGUGGCUGUCCCUGAAGUCGGAAUCCCUGCCAGCUCCAGGGGAGAGCAAGAGGCUGACGGGCUGUGCCAGCUGGCAGGGCUUUGGGGGCACCAGGGACUGCUGCCUGUUCCGCAUCCCCGUCGCCGUCAGGAACUGCGGCGCUUUCUUUGUCUACCUCCUGCAGCCCACGCCGGGAUGCAUGGGCUACUGUGCAGAAGACAAGCUCUCAAGCCUGGCUUUGCAACCAUCGAUCACCCCCGAGCUUGUGCAAGGCCGAGUGCACCUGAAAUGCAGCUACAGCCCCCCUGCCCCUGAGCCCCCAGUGCAGUUCAGGGUGCUCUGGUCUCGCCUCUCUGGCCCAGGAAAGAGGGAGCAGAUCCACCAGGAGACAACCCUGCAGGUGUUUUCCUACGUGGAGAUGGACGGCGCGAAUCUCCGCCUGGGAGACACGGUCUUCUGCACUGUCACAGCUUUUAGGAGGGGCUCUCCUGAGCAGCAGUCACUGCCUGAGGACAGCAAAGGUUUCUAUGCUGGGAUCAAGUUUUUGCCAGAAGCACUGGAAAUUGCAGAGGAUGGCAAGGAGCAUGUUGUGACUGUCCUGAGCACGGUGCCCAUUGCCUGUCCUGGGCAGGAAGAUUCCUGUAAAAUCACUUUGCAACUAAGCACUGAGGACUUGGCUCUCCUCGCCAAUCAGCCAAGUGCUUAG